AAUGAAGUACUUAGAUGAGACUUCAAAACUACUAAAGUAUUUAGAUGAGACUUCAAAACUAGUAAAGUAUUUAGAUGAGACUUCGACACAACUUAAGUACUUAGAUGAGACUUAAAAAGUAAUAAAGUACUUCGAUGAGACUUCAAAACUAGAAAAAUGACCUUGCAGUAACAGCUUUCCGCCAGCAGAGGCGCUGUGUGAGCCAAUGAAGAAGUGGUCACAUGUGUCCAAUGUGACGCAAAUAAGGAAGUAAAGGAAGUAGAUCACAUGAUUUCAGUCCACGCAAAACUGAGAGGAGACGGCCGGUGGCAGGAUAGUGAACAUGCCGCACAGACGAUCUUUGACAAGUGUAAAGGAGUUUCCUCAGAAGUCAUAAAAACAGUGUCCAAGUCCUUUUCUGUCACCGUCCACUGGCCCAACGCUGCCGCAGAAGCUUCGCGGGAGCAUGCUGCACCACAAAUACCCGAGCAAAGCAUUUGUCAGCAGACUGGUCCUCCUCCACACCCGCUUUAAUAAACGACUCGUAGCCAUGUCUGUGCCGAGGCCCUCGGAAGAAAGCCGGAGGAGCGGAGGGAAGUCGCAGAUCAGUGCGGGCGGGAGUGCGGCGGCGGCGGCGGCGGCGGGGCCCAGAUCCACCGUGACGGGGGCCGGCCACGCUGCUGCACAGCUGACACAGGAGGAGAUGGACAUCCACAGAAAGCACAGAGAGGCAUGCGAGGCAAAGAAGCAGAUGUACGUCGACCCUUCCAGCGGGUAUAAGGUGUUCACAGAGUAUGCCCACCUUCAGAGAGGGAAGUGCUGUGGCAGCGCGUGCAGACAUUGUCCGUAUGGCCAAGUCAACGUGAAGGACCCCGCCACGAAGAAAGCCUUUAAUUCUCUAUUUUACGUAUAGACCUAACGGACUCGAGGCCCAAGGUAAAACGUUGGAUGCCUGUUUGGGAUGGAACCCGCCACACUUUGCUGUCUUCUGCCUGUCGUUAUUUGGACUACUUGAGAGUCAUUUUUUUUUUUUUUUUUUUCUUUUUAGCCGUGUAAUAAAUGAUGAAAUAUGGGUAGUGUCUGUGCAACACCUACCUCAUAUGAAUCACAACUAUUCUUAGGAUUAUUUCAAUUCUCAGGAAAACAGCCAAAGAAGGAGAAAGGAUUCGUUCGCGAGACCCUCAUGUAAAAAAAAGUCUUUUAUCACAUUUUUGUUUUACUACAUUUUUCAGAUGCCUCAUCUAAAAUGUCUAAUGAAAAGCCCUGAGCUGCGUUUUUUUCUUCUUCUUUUUUCCUUUUUUUUCCAUUUCUCUUCAAGAGUAUUUAAUAUUUUGUAGUAUUGCGCUCCUCUGAUGCAUUUACAAGGGUUGUGGGAGUAUGGAGAUGAAAACUGAGUGCAUUUUAGAUCUUCGCCCUCAAGAUAAAGGGCAUAUAAGCGAAAGUAACUGCGGAUACUCAGAUGGAGUCUUGUGCUCUUUUGCUUUGCAUCUCUUGUUAUCUUUUUCUCUCCCAAACGUACGACUGCAUGAAUAUUAGCAUCAUUUACACUCCACAAGUGCUCGACUGAACUGUCUACCUUUGACUGAAAUAGCCUACUGUGCUGUUAAAAAUAGGAAGGGGCCAUGGGUCAGCCCUCACACUUGGCUGCGCUGCUUUUACACCACUUGAUGGAAUCAGGCUGUUAGCAAACAUGCCAUGGACAUCAACAAGCAGCUCUUCCCACUGGACUUGCAACUCUGCCUCCUGGCAACACUUGGCUACAGCACAGCUCCCCGCCGGCUGCUCUCCUGAGCCGCAGCCUAAUGAACUCCUGGGCCCUCUUAUCCCAGGACUGCAAUAGAUCAGCUCAUGUUCAGCAGAUGCAUAGGCAGGCUUACUCCGUCAGAACACCCCGUGGCUCCUAAUGGGCCGAUAUAGAAUAAAGGUUGCACUUAACACCGCCCUUUGUAGCCCACAGUAAUAGCGCUAGGUAAGGUCAAGCGCUCAUACAGCACUACCUGUGCGUGCAAGAGAUGUCGAGGAAAGAUGUGCCACUUGAUUUGUGAGUGCAUGUGGGCAGGCAGCGCGAUGCCUUCAGGCGCUCGCUCUGAACCUGCCACACACACUCGCCUGUCUCCGCCUGAUUGGGCAAACAGCGUCGUGAUGAGAGGAUGUGUCUGCCGCGGGAUUCUGUCGCAGCCGCCUACCGGCGCGGCCGCAAUUUUCCUCGGCAGGUGGGUCCCAAAGGCAAGUGCUUAGUGAUCGGAGCAAAGCCCUGUGAGCGGCUACAAGGAGAUUCAUGAUCCCAACAGUGCUGGGGAGGACAGGUUGUGGGGACGCGUCGUCAGGCGGGAUGAGAGGCGAAUUUAUUUGGUGUUAUUCUAAACCGAGGCAGCGGAGCGUGCGGCAGCAACAUUUCUGCAGCGGGACAGUGAAGGUGUCACACUCAUCAAGUACCUGGGCCCGCUUGCCUGCCGUGGCUCUGCGGGUUUUGCCUAGGGACUUGUCUGUCACAUUAAAGUAGAUGCAUUGCCAUUCAGGGCCUCGGCGGUCCCGCAGCCUGACCAUGAAAUAGGCCAACUUUCAUGUCUGCCUCAUCCCUCCACGUCUUCUCAAUCCAGUGAUGGCACAGUUUGAAAUGAUUUAUUUUUUUAUUUUUUUUUCACCCCCCCCCCCCCUUCCUCAUCAUGUUCUAACCUAGCAGUUGGUGACUGAGACACAAACAGCACAGCAAUCCUAUCGACAGAUUUCUGCAGAAAUUUACUUAAAUUACUCCUCCUGCCACCGGAACAGUGAAUCGUGAUGGGCCAUUUGUUGUGCAUUUUCUUGAAUUGCGCUUUAAAAUGCUCGUCUCGCGCGCUUCCAUGGAGCUUGCAAAUAUCCGACAGAUUGUUUAGAAUUAACUAAAGCCAAUUAAAUGCAUUUUGACAGAUUCGUAACCUUAAUAUCUAAUUUGCGAAGGAGUUCACUGGUUGAUUUUUUUUUAGCUGUUUUACGAAGCGGUGGGGUGAUGAUAAAUACGUUUGAGAAGUUUUACUCCUUGGCUCGACACCCGCGCGCGCGCUGUUAGCAGACACUGGCGGUGGUAUUCCCUCACUGCAGAUGUGCUCCCCGAGUUACAAGCAGCCGACGAGACAUGUGAGGUGUUUAUUUCAGGCGUUUUGGACUGAACAUCUCUGACCCUCAGCCGUAGCAUAUGCUGCACUGGAGCGGAGUGGCAGCUAUAGAGCGUGUGCCUUUCUACAGGACGGUGGCAUUAGCCGCAGAGAAAGAGAGAGCUGUCCAGUUUGGAUCUGUGACCAGACGGGCUCUAGUCACAACCAGUUGACAGGCCAAGCCGCCCCCCCUACCCCCACCUCACACACACACACACACACACACACACACACACACACACACACUCCCAUCUGAAACAGGCGCAGCAGCCCUGCGGCCAAUGGCCCCAACCACAGUCAGUUACAGUGUCUCCAUCACUGUUGGCCAGACCAGCCAGGAACUGACACAGGGUUGGCGGGGAGAAAAAAAAAAAAAAAAAAAAACCUUGAGU